UCUUGUUUAUUGCCUUUAUAAACGAUCAGUUCUUCAAUUUUAAUUAUUUUAUGUGGUUUUUGUACUCAAAAUCUUUUGUUUUUUAUUUUUUUUAAACAAAAAUAAUGUAAAAGCACAAAAAUUGUUGACAUGACAGAACUUGGUAAAAAUGUUGGAUUUUUUGGACAAUGUUUUCCUGUACGGAGUUUAACAAGAACGAACUUUUCAGAAGGAGAUGGUGGUGCUUGGCUUGUUGCUUAUAAAGCUGAACAAAGAAAUCGUUUUAAUGCUGUUUUGUGUCGUGAGCCAGAUGUAAAUUUAUCUGGUGAAUGGUUUGACAAAAAAGGAAAUCUGAAAAGAACAAAUAACCCAUUGUUUGAUACCAAAGGAAAACUUGAUGCAAAAUUCUUGUUAAAUGUAUGUUGUGUUGCUGAUCCUUUGGAUGUUUACAGCAUAAAUAUUUCUGGGAAAGACUUGUGUCUAGUAAAUGAUGGUGAUUUUUCAAUGUUUAAAAAUGUUUUUCAUAUUGAUGCUGGAGAGAACAAUCUUCAGUUGGACAAUUUUCGAGAAUUUCCAAGCUUAAAAAGUUUGGAACUUCCUCUGAACAACAUUGGAGGAAAAGUUGUUAUCAAUGAAAAAGACUUUACAUCCUUGGAUACGUUAGAUAUGUCUUGUAAUAGUUUAACAGAAAACGAUAUUUUAGCCCUGGGAGUUUUGCCAGCACUAAAAGUUUUACAUUUGACAGGAAAUCAGUUAGAAAGCUUACCAACAGGAAUGUCUAAGCCUGUUUCAAAUCGUCAAAAUACAUUCCAUUCAAAUUUGGAAAAACUUUGGCUGGAUCAAAACUAUCUCACGGAUAAAGAUACGUUUAGUUGUCUUGCUGAUUUAAAGAGACUGAAAUACUUGAACCUGGCUCACAAUAAAAUUUCAUCAGUACCAUAUUUACAAUUACUUCACGCCAAGUCUAAAUCAUAUAAAAAUACAACCGAAGAAAAUACUCAAAGAGAAAGACAACAUAUGUUGAAUGAAAUGGUUAAUCAGAAAAUUGACAAUGGCAAUAGUAAAAAAUCUAUCCUUGAAGAAGACUUGUUUGGUGCAGUUGAUUCUGAACGUCAGCCAGAUUAUCACCAUGAAACUGUGAAAAAUCAAUGCAAUCAAGAUCGAUAUAUGUCACCAUUUUCAUCACUUCGUAUUAUAAAUUUGGCCAACAACCAUAUUAAGGAUGAAGAAGAUCUACUAGAACUAUCAACAUGGCCUUGUCUUGAAAAAGUGGUUAUAUGGGGUAACCCAGUGGCAAUUAGUGGUAGAUGGGGACCUCCAAUGGUCAUGCAACAACUGAGUCUUGUAGCAGGGAUAGAAGUUACUAGGUAUGGUGUACAGUUAUUGGAUAAACUCGUCAUUUUCUUCCAAACAUUUUAUCACCAAUGUAUUUGUAAGCUUAUUUAUUCAACAUUUCUAUUUAAUACGACAUUUCAAGCAAACUUUUUCUUUGUGCAUAAACCUUCAAAUAAAGAUAAGACACAAACAAUCAAAAUACCAAGAAAAGUAAGUAUUAGAUGUUUCUACAAGAAAUCUUCUAACGUUGGAGCCACCGAAGCAUUCAACAGUAGGAUCUACGUACAAACUUAUUCCCCAAUAUCUUCAUCCAAUGGAAACGAUACAAAGAUGGACGACAACCAAAAUAACCAACAUGAUAUGAACGAUCUGUGUACUUAUAUUGAUGACCAAACUAACAUCACUCCAAGACAAACUACUCCCUCAGAAGAGCGUAUUUUUCUUACACAGACUGACAAUGAUGAAAAUGAUGAAAUACUAAUCUACAACAAUGAACCUAAACAAACCACGAUUCCAGACAGUGUAAAUGAUAAACCUAAAAUAUCUAAAAAAUACAAGGGAUAUGAAGAUUUACUGACCAUUGAUGAACAAUAUCCUGAGGAAAUAGAGCUACCAAGGACAAUACAAGGCAACGUAACAGCUUUACAAUAUGUGUUAGAUCAUCCACUUACGUUUACACAGCAUAGCUUACAGCAGCAAAAGACCGAAAGAACGUCGAAAUUAACGAGGCACUCUGCGGUAACUAAACAGCUCAACAACAAUAAUGGAAAGAAGAUUCCAGGUUCAACCACUGUGGAACAGCUGGGUUUAAUACUUGACAGAAUGUGUUUGCACAAAAAAUCAAUAGAGAGUAACUUAGAAAAUUUUCUAAAAGAAAAGAAUUUUAAAAAGAAUAAGAAAGAGAUAAAAGAAGCCAAAAGAUUGCUUAAUGAGGUUCAAAAAAAAUACAAUGAAGUACGAUGUGAGUCAUUAAAGUUAACAAACAUCAACGACGACUCAUAUUUUCAAGAAAGCAGGGCAGGAUCUUGAUGAUGCCCAUUUUUCCAGAAGUAAUUAAACAAAACAAUAAUAAUAAAGAUUUCUCAAUCACUCACCUAACAAUUGCUUUUAAAUAACUAAUCUUUUUACAUUAAAAUACAUUCGUAAUGAUUUAACCAUGAUUAUUGAACAGUUUAAACUUUAACUGUAUAAACAUGGUAUGAACAGAAGUACAUGGUGUUGUGUUUCCGGCUCUCCGCAGUGCUGCUGUAUAUAUUUUCUAGUGAAUGACUGAAUGUUAUUGGCUAGAAGUAAUGCACGUUGUGAUUGGUUGUAAUAUAAUAUAAAUGCCUGAGCUUCAUGUUGUGUCCACGUGGUCACAGCGAAGAUCUGCUACGAAGCAGCAUACGGAGAAUUGUCCACAAGAUUGUUGAUUUAUUCUUGCAUUGAUCACAUCUUUGGGCAAUGUCUCGUCUCUCACAUGCUUCGGGGAAAGUCCCCAGACUACUGGUAGAAAGUACCAGACGUAAAUUCUUCAGUUUUCCGUGUUGCUCUAUGGCCAAGAUACCUUACGGUGGAGCCGAACAUAUGGAAGAUGUUUCGUCAAAGCACAGUUAUGCAGAUGGCCAGUGAUGGUUCAACUCAAUGGGGCUUAUUCUUGCUGUGACCACCA